AUGAAUCCACAGUGCUUACGAGCUCUGCCACGAGCAUCCUCCCGCGCAUCAGUCCCCCUGCGCCAUCCACCCCGCCCGGAGCUCACUCGACUCUACGCCACACAGACCGGCCCGAAGCUGAAGCGGAGAAACAUCACAGUCCUCUCAGACGAUGGGCGAUACGAGUGGGGUGAGCUAAGUGGGCGGGAGAAGGUUUCACGAGCGACACAGCAGUCAUUCAAUUUCGUGGUGGUGUUGGCCGGUGCUGUCCUCACGGGCGGUGUCUUUUACCUUCUUUACACAGAUGUUAUUUCGCCGAAUAGUCGGACGUGGCAGUAUGAGAAGGCUGUUGAGCGUGUCAAGGAUGAUGCACGGUGCAUAAAGGUGCUGGGUGAUCGGAGGGAGAUUAGGGCGUUUGGGGAGACGACGAAUAGUCGCUGGGCGCGGAAUCGGCCUAUUGCUUCCACGAUUGAAAAGGACCGGCUCGGCCGUGAGCAUCUUCGGAUGAAUUUCCACGUUGAGGGUCCGCUUAACUCCGGCGUCGUCUUCGUGCAUAUGAUCAAGCCCUUGGAGAAGAAUGAGUGGGAGUAUCAGCUUCUUGCUCUCGAUGUGAAAGGACAUUCUCGUAUUAUCCUGGAGAAAGCUGCCGAAAAGCCUAGUGUGGCCAGCUCACUGAAGCUCUUUGGCAUUCAGUGGCGCUGA